AUGACGUUGGAUGAGAACCUGGAGCCGAGCGUGCGGCUGAGCGCCAUUUCGGGCGCACUGUGCGGCGCCCUGGGCGCGUUCCUGGGCAGCCCUCUCCAGCUGAUCAAGUGCCAACUUCAGACGCGCGCAUCGCCCCAGAUCGCCGUCGGUUAUCAGCACCACUACCCCUCGAGCUUGGAGGCAUUCCGUACCAUCUACCGGACGCACGGCCUGAGGAGGGGACUAUGGCGCUCUGCGCAGGCCAACGUCCUCGGCUUUCCAUCGGCUCCGCCAUCCAGAUGGGCGCCUACGUGCAGGUCGCCAGAUGGCAGCCAGGCCAAGGGCCAGGCUAAGCGGAAGCUGUCGCACUUCGAUGCCAACGGGUUCCACCACUUCAUCACCUCCAUGGCUGCGGCGGUCUACUCGAGCAUCGCGGCUGCACCGGCUGUCUCCAUGCUGGACAUGAUCAAGACGCGCAUGUACUUGCAGCCGGUGGACAGGCGCGGCCGCGGCAUCUACUACGCUAGCGUGCUUGACUGCAUUCGCAAGAUAUACAUGAUGGAAGGCGCCGCGGGCUACAGUCGCGGCAUGCUCGUCGCUUUCUUCUACUCCAUAGUCAACUCGUCCAUCACGCUGCUUUCGUGGGAUGAGCUUAAGCGGCUGCGCGUCGAGUCUCGCGAACAUCACGAGCUCGUUGUCGAGAUUAUCUACCAGAGGGGCCAAUGA